AUGGCCAGGAUAGCAGGCAUACUGCUCUUUCUCAACAAGGGUUCACUCCUGUUUUCAGCCCGAAAAGAUCAGCAGAAGAGUCAGGGACUAAAACUCCACAUCCGACCACUACAGCUUCACAGUAAUCUCCAGCCACCCGGCAGUUCCCAGGAUGGUGACUUGAACGUACACACCGACAGGGUCGCCCAGGACACGUCCAGCCGGUCCCCGGGGGACCGCCGCUUACAGAUGCCCGAUCAGCCUCCACCACACCCCCACCCUGGGGCCCCCCUGCGACCCCGCCAGCGCCGGCGCCGGCUGCUCAUCAAAAAAAUGCCGUCGGGCCUGGCCGGGAGGGCCAGCAACCGCUCCUCGGAGACCUCGGCGGGGCCGGGUCCCCGCGCUGCGGACAGCCACUGGGUGGCCCUGCACCGCAGCCAGCAGGACCGCAAGCGGCUGAUGCGGGAGGCCUGCGCCAAGUACCGGGCCAGCAGCAGCCGCAGGUCCGUGACGCCCCGCCACGUGUCCCGCAUCUUCGUGGAGGACCGGCACCGCGUGCUGUACUGCGAGGUGCCCAAGGCAGGCUGCUCCAACUGGAAGCGGGUGCUGAUGGUGCUGGCCGGCCUGGCCUCGUCCACCGCCGACCUGCACCACAACACGGUGCACUACAGCAGCGCCCUCAAGCGCCUGGACACCUUCGACCGCCAGGGCAUCCUGUACCGCCUCAGCACCUACACCAAGAUGCUGUUCGUCCGCGAGCCCUUCGAGAGGCUGGUCUCGGCCUUCCGCGACAAGUUCGAACACCCCAACAGCUACUACCACCCUGUCUUCGGCAAGGCCAUCGUGGCGCGGUACCGGGCCAACGCCUCCAGGGAGGCCCUGCGGACCGGCUCCGGCGUGCGGUUCCCCGAGUUCAUCCAGUAUCUCCUCGACGUGCACAGGCCCGUGGGCCUGGACAUCCACUGGGACCACGUCAGCCGCCUCUGCAGCCCCUGCCUCAUCGACUACGACUUCGUGGGCAAGUUCGAGAGCAUGGAGGACGACGCCAACUUCUUCCUGAGUCUCAUCCACGCCCCACGGAACCUCACCUUCCCCCGCUUCAAGGACCGGCACGCGCAGGAGGCGCGGACCACGGCGAGGAUCACCCACCGGUACUUUGCCCAGCUGUCCGCCCUGCAGCGCCAGCGCACCUACGACUUCUACUACAUGGACUACCUGAUGUUUAACUACUCCAAGCCCUUCGCGGACCUGUACUGAGGGGCGGGGCCUGCUGCCCGGAGGCGGGGCCUGCUGCAGGGGCGGGCCUGCUGUAGGGGCGGGGCCUGCUGCCAGGAGAGGACUUAGA